AUGGCUGACCAUCGCGUUAAGGCGUCGACUUAUCGCGUCGAGAAUAUCCCGCCGGGAACGUCGAAGGAGGAGCUUCUGGAGCGGUAUUUUUACAGAGAGGAUAGGGAGGAUAUUAAAGUCAAGUCGCUCUGCCCCUCGUGCGACAGCGUGGAUCCGGAUGAGGACGACUGGACGGCGACGAUUUUCUAUCGACCCCGUGAUGCGGACAGAGGCGAACUGCGCCUGGCGAACGAUGAUACAUUGACGCUCUCCAAGGAAUUCUUCGGCUUCACUCCUCUCUAUGUUCCUCCGAAAGAGAAAGGGCCUGUUGCGGCAGAUAUCAUCGCCGUUACAGGCCUCGGUGACCAUGCUUUUGGGUCAUGGAGCCAUUCCGACGAGCGCAUGUGGCUCCGUGACUAUCUUCCGAAAGACGCGCCAAAUGCACGAAUCUUGACUUAUGGAUACAAAUCUGCACUGCAGGGCGACUCUAUCAGUCUGCUCGAAGAUCACACCAAUAAAUUUGUCCAUAAGCUUGUUGAUAUGAGAGAUGCGUCUGAGUGCGAAAGCAGGCCUAUAAUAUUUGUUGGGCAUAGUUUAGGGUGUCUAAUUAUCAAGAAGGCACUUACUGGCAUUGGUCCAAUGGGCAUUCCAACGUCCCGCCUACCAGUUCGCGCCGUUAUAUUCUUAGCUGCACCCCACAGAGGACUCAACAUCGAUGCACUGCAAACACUACUAAUGGGCCAGGCGACUGAGGCCAUGAUAAAUGAGCUCAGAGCCGACUCGCCAAUACUGAGGGACCUCACCAGUAGAUUCCGUGACAUUGUGGAAGAUAACGUCGACCUCUUGACAUGCUACGAGCAAAGACCUACAAAGACUGUGGUUAAGGGUGCGGACGGCAUAUGGAGACGAGAAGGCCCUCCUGUGAUAAUGGUUGGGUCAAUUUCGGCACGACUCGAUUAUAGGAAAGAGAAGUGCGUCUCUGUUGACUGUGACCACUCGCAAAUUGCCAAGCUCAAGAAGGGAGAGGGUGGCAUAUACCCUACUGUCAAAUCUGCUAUCAAGCAUGGUCUCAUAAGCACCGCUAGGAUAGUAGCGGGGAAAGAUGUAAGUCUUGAAUACCCCCGUGGUGGCAAGGAGUUGACAAACGGCGGCUCUGGAUCUAUGACUGGUUAUAUACAUGCUGUUCCUCCUCCAUACUUCCAAGACAAAAUCGCCACCAGCCAUGCGACGUAUAUACCGCAACAACCGCAGCAACCGCCUCCAGCCCUUGCCCCUCAUCCAGAUCGCCAUAUGGCCGUAGAACGUGCGACCACCCCGACAUACGGGAACGCCAGUCACUACAUUCGACCAAAGGUCCAAGCAUCACCUCCUGCCCAUGAUCGUGGAAAUAGCCAUGCAAUCGAGAGCCGUUGUCUAUCUGAGGCACAUGGCAAGGCAGAUGAGAUUGUCAACGUAGUGCCUGAUAUUUCAACCCUGACAAUUUCAGAGCCACCUGAGGCCCCAGUCUUCCUGGACAAAUCUGAAGUCACUGUGGAGGAGGAUAUGGAUGACGUGUACGAGGUUGACCCUGACAACAUCCUUACCACAGCAAUAUGCAGCCGGUGCGAUGAGGGUGUACCGGACUCGACAUUUCACUAUUAUUGUUACAUGGCGAUCAAUAACCAAUACGGAGAAGAUGACGAUAAAGACAGGGUAGAAGAGCACAAGAACACUACCGUGUGUCAGUCCUGCGCUUAUCUUGAUCCGAAUUGUGAGAUACGCAAGGAAAUACUUGUCAAACGAGGCGUAAAGCCCCACAAAGCCCUCGAGCCAUUUCUGCCAUACAUCGAGACCGAAAUACUGAGGUCAGACAACAGCCUCAUUCGCGCGGUGAAGGAAAACGAUUUAGACAAGAUCGGACGUCUAUCAAACAACCCUAAACUUCUCAGUGGAAAGGCCUACGGAGGCUGCACUCCUCUCGUCCUGGCGGUCCAGCUAGGGCUAGUUGAUGCUGUCAAGAUUAUGCUCGACAAUGGAGCUUCGCCGGCCGAGAGGGACUCCACUGGCCUCACGCCACUUUUCAUGGCAGUCCAGUAUAAUCGGUACAAAGUGGCUAAACUGCUUCUUGAUGCUGGUGCAGACGUUGAGGACACUGGGGGACAAUCAUCUGCAUUGCACCUGGCGGCGUCAAAUGGAAGACCAAGGAUGUUACAGCUCCUCCUAAACAGACAAGCCCCCGUCGACGUUUCGUUCCCAGGCUUCGGCACACCCCUCAGCCAAGCCGCUCAAUUAGGGAGCAACGAGUGCGUGAAGAUUCUCCUCGCUGCAGGUGCUGAUCCAAAUGCAAUGGCCAAGAGCGGCGCUACACCCCUGAAAUGGGCAGCUCUCAAAGGCUACGGCGACGUUGUAAAGACGCUGCUUAGGAACAAGGCUAUUGCCUCUCACAUUGGAACGGAUGGUGAAACGCCAAUAUACUGUGCUGUGGACGGUGGACACGGGGAUAUAUGCGGGGACUUGAUUGAUGCUGGUGCAGACUUCAUAUCGGAAGUCGCACGUCCAGUAAUGACACCUCUUGGCCACGCUGCUCGUCUCGGUCGCCGGAAUAUAGUAAAAGUAUUACUAGCCCGUGGGGCUCCAGUCGAUGGCAUAAGUGACGAGAACACCCCCUUGGGCUCUGCAGCAGUAGAGGGACACCUCGAUGUCUGUCGGGAUCUUAUUGAAGCCGGCGCAAAUCUCAAUGCCACAUACGGACCUUUAUCAACGAGCCCCGUCGGUUUUGCGGCAAAAUUCGGAUAUGAGGAGAUUGCCGAGCUCCUGCUGAGCCGUGGUGCGAGGGUCGACAUCAACGACAGCAGCGGACACCCCCCUAUCUACGUCGCAGUCGUCACGGAGCAUGUGAAGGUCUGCCAACUCCUUCUCGCAUUCGGCGCAGAUGCGAGGUUCAAGACCGUAGACACAGAGAGGACUGUGCUGGCCAUUACAACUAUAGAUGGAAACCUCUCCAUGGUCAAGCUUCUGAUAGAAUACCACGCUGAUCUUGACGAUGCUGACACAUACGGAUGGACCCCUAUAGGCCAUGCAGCAUUCAAGGGCUUCAUUGACAUCUGCCGAGUUCUCAUCGACGCCGGCGCUAACCUCGAUCUCCUCGUGUCCGGGAAGACGGCGCUGACAGAAGCUGCUCGCGCUGGCCACAGCGAGAUUGUGGAGAUGCUGUUAGCGGGAGGUGCGUGGGUCAUGCCGCCUCCGGCGUAUAAGGGGAAAUGGAAGAAUUUGGAAUUCAAGAGCGGGGUGACGCCUUGGAAGAGGGAGGAGAUACUGCGGACUCUUCGGGCUGCGAAGCAUAUGUAG